GUGAAUGUUUCUGACAAUUGCUCAGAGGGGCUGUAGAUACAAACUAGGAGCCACGCUUACAGCAUCACCAAGUAUGAACGAGAGUGAAUGAAUGAUGGUUUCACAAUGCAAAAGCAUAAUAUUUAGAUUCUCUUGUUUUGUAAAUGAAAACCCAUUUCAAUCUUGUUGAGCAAAUACAUUCACUUCUUACUCAUUAAAGCGAUGACCUCAUUCAGAUUUUUGAGUGUGCAGGUAAUUUAAAGUAUUUAUUCAAGUUAUAAACAAAGUAAACAGGAUAAAGUCACACAUUCACGGGGAGAACAUACAAGUUCCAUGCAGGUUCAGGUCCUACCAGGAUCUGAACCUGAUAUCUUCUCAUUGCAGCAACACUAACCACUUCACCACCAGAACAGCUAACUCUUCCAAAUAAAACAAAAGAACCUUAUUGAUGACCAACUUUUGUCUUUUUGAAUGGGGAACAAACAUUUUUGCACGUUUCCUUCUGGUGUUUCCAAUAAAUGUCACAGCAAAUGACAAUAAUCUGGAUGGUGGAGUACAGUAUUCCUAACGUUCUUCUUCUUUCUAUUAUUUACUGGUGGAUGGAUAUAAGCACAGCUGGGGUCACGUCUGCCCCCUGCAGUACUGGAGUGUCCCCAACAGUCAGCCACACACACCUGGAGCAUGCUCAGUUGACAAUUUGUGAUUAGUUCAGUGAAAACAUUGGCCCAACGAGUUUUUAAGAUGUUUUGAUAGGAUAAAUGAAUCUUGCUUUAUCAACUUUUAAUUGACAUCAUGUCAGGUCAAUAAGUACAUCUUAUUUUGGGACUGCAAACCUAUUUAAAACAUGUUGAGCAGACAUAUUAAUUUCAUGCAUACUGAAAAAUUGCCUGACUCAUAGUUUGCCCUCUCUCGGUGGGUGGAGUGUUCCUGCACCAGGUGGAGGAGUUUAAAUAUCUUGGGGUCGGAAGAACAUGAGAUCGACAGGUGGACUGGAGCGGCGUCUGCCGUUAUGAUGUCACUGUACCAGUCCGUUGUGGUGAUGGGAGUGCUGUGCCAGAAAGAAAAGUUUUCUAUUCACCAGAUGAUCUUUAUUCCAGUACUGACCUAUGGUCAUGAGCUCUGGGUCAUGACCAAAAGAUCCCGACAACAAGCGGCUGAAAUGAGCUUCCUCUGGAGGGAGGGUGGGCGCCCCAGAGAGAGCUCGGAGUAGAGCCGGUUCUCCUCCGCAUCGAGAGGAGCCAGUUGAGGUGACUCAAGCAUCUGGUCCGAAUGCCUCCAGACGUCUCCCUGGAGAGGUGUUACGGACAUGUCCCAUUGACAGGACAUGCGAGGGAGACUAAGUCUCUCGGUUGGCCUUGGAACGCCUCGGAGUCCCCCAGGAGCUGAAGGAAGUGACUGGGAGAGGGAAGUCUGGGCAUCUUUGCUUGGACUGUUUGCCCCCGUGACCCGGUCCUGGAUGAACGGAAGAAGAUAGAUGGAUGGAGCUUGAUGUGCAAAAAAAGUAAUUUUUUUCAGUGGAGAAAAGAAAAGUUAAAAAAUUGAAAGUUAAAUGUCUAAGUAGCUUUGAACUCCUGAUCUCAGUGUGAAUUAUAAACCAUCAUGUUUUUAGACAACCAUCCUGCAGCUGUGACUUUAUUAUAACUUAAUUAGAGCUAAGACUGGUUUAGUGGCUUAUGAGUUGAACCUCCCCAUGUUUACUCAACAGGGGAUUUCAAGUUCCUGCGUGCACAAAAGUUUCACUUUCACUUUCCUGGCUGAUCCUCUAGCGAUUCCGUCUCUCCUUGUUGGUUUCAGCUAAAAGGCCGGACGGAAACUACAGAUUCACAGCCACCACCUGCAGCCGGAAAGCAAGACAGAAACUUUAAAUGAAUGGUGUAUUCUCCACAGAAAUCAUUCUGUUAUGAGAUUAGUAUCGUAAAAUCAACUUCAACACAGAGGAUAACCUAAAUUAAGGCUUGAGUAAAGAGCAUGAAUUCCAUCAGCUCUGACAUAAGCUGUGUCGUCCCAGUGAAUCCUUUCUGGUAUGUGAAUAAUGUCUACAAUGAAGAAUUUAAAAACAUAGAACAAAAAUACAAAGUCCAAAUAAAGGCACAAGUCAAUGUCCAAUUUCUAGCUGAUCAGGAUGUUGGCCGUCCACUUGAUGCCAUGUCUGAGUUCUUAGAGCUAAUUGAUAAGAGCUCCAGUGAAUCCUACUGUUCCCACAUUCCUCUCAAGUUUGUUGAUCCAGAUCAGUGGAGUAAUGCAUUCAGGAACGUCCAGAAAACUGAAAAAAGGCUUCUACUUACUCUGACAUCUGAGGAAAUCAGUGCAUUUGGACCGACCUGCAGUCAGGAUGCAUUCAGCGAUGCAAUAUGUGCAAUGCAGAAACCAACAAGCCUUCUUGAAGAGACAGCUCAGGCUACACCGUCAGACAAGAACUGGAAAGAUUUGCUGAUUGGUUCAAGAACAAGAAUAGAUAAGCUCUGCAGCAAAUACACUGACACCUCAUCUGAUGCUGCCAGCAGCAGUGGAGGCAAAGAAUGCUGUUCCAUAUGUUUACUGCGAUUAAAUAAAAAGAAACGCCUGAAGUGUCAACAUGAGUUUUGUGAAGAAUGCCUACAGCAUGCAUUACAUCAGACUGGGUCCAUAUGUCCUCUCUGCAACCACGUCUUUGAUGUGUUACUGGGAGAUCAGCCAGACGGAAACAUGUCAUGGACUAAAAGUUCAGAUUCUCUCCCUGGAUUCUCAGACUGUGGACACAUCGUUAUCACUUACAACAUACCCAGUGGAGUACAGACGGAAAGGCAUCCUAACCCAGGAAAACCAUUUAAUGGUACUUCCAGAACUGCGUAUCUGCCAGACAACAAAGAAGGCAAUGCGGUUCUGAAACUGUUAAAGAAAGCCUUUGACCAGAGGUUGAUUUUUACAGUUGGUAAUUCAAAAGCAAUCGGUCUAAAAAACCAGGUUGUUUGGAGUGAUAUUUCCCACAAGACCUCUCUGUCAGGAGGCGUACAAAAAUUCGGAUAUCCUGAUUUCAACUAUUUGGAAAGAGUGAAAAAGGAGCUGAAGGUUAAAGGCAUCGAGGAAAGCUGACACCACUGGAAAUUAUUUUGUGCUACAAAAAUUUUUAAAGAUUGAAAAAGUGUUUAAAGAAUAAUAUUUAUCUUUGUGAAAUUUAUAGGAUUCUAAUUUUUUUUUAGCUGUCAUCAAUUCAUGUCUGCAAGCUAAGCAUAAAAAGCUAAACAAAGAGAGUACCUUAACUUUUUGAAUGAUUAGUGACUCAUAAAAUCUACAUGAGAAAUGAAGCACUUUUUAGUUGCAACAUAACAACCAAUACGUAAUAUUUUGCAUGAAAACUGGAGCUGUACAUCCCAGUAAUAUGAACCUGCAGGCCCGGAGACCCAACAACACUCUCAGGACCGCACUCUCAGGACCCUGGCUUUUCUGAGGACUAACAGCAUCCUCAGGAUGAUUUCAGGACUCGUUUCUUGAGACAGCGCCUCCUUGGGUGCUAUUUUAUUGAUUUCUUUUCUACAAUAAAUGUUACUAAAGAUGAAAAUUUGGCAUGUUUCAUGCACCAGUAACUUUUUGGUAAUGACUGAUUAUUUCUAAUGUUUUUCUUACUGAUGAAUUAUACAUUUAUAUUUAACCCUUCAGGUGCCAGGGUUUUUCAGUGCAAAUAUAAUCCAGUACAUGUAGAGGCUUGAAACAUUUGCAUGGUGAAUCCAUACUGAUUUAUCUUUAUUGUUUUAUCUAACUGCUGAUAGAGAAUUGAUUCUGGUAUUUUCUAAGCUCCCGAAAUGUAUCAGACGUUGAGAAUAUUGGGAUCUGAGUUAAU